CUCAAAGCAUAUAAAAAAACCUCAACAGAGGAAACAAAGCAUAAAAAGGCAUCAUCGAAAGCCAACCACUCUCAACAAAAAGUUGUCUUUCUAAAUCCUAAACUCAAAAAAUACUAUUCCUUUCAAAAAAAAACCAAGAAGCGUAUGGAAGAAGAUGGAGACGCGUCUACGCCGUUCUGGCUUCAAUCCCGCCGCAACAACAACACUUACUUCCGCCGUACCUCUAGUCUCGGCAACCGCGCAACCACCGUCGCAAUCCAAUCAUUCUUCGCCGGAGUAGCUGCGAUCCUCAUAGUCUUCUUCAUCAUCCCUCCUUUCUUCUCCUCAGUUUCUCAGUUUCUCCGACCACAUCUUGUCCGUAAAAGCUGGGACUAUCUCAACUUCGUUCUCGUCCUCUUCGCAGUCAUCUGCGGCUUCCUAAGCCGCAACACCGGUAACGACGACACCAAUCACAACAAGGAACAUGUCACUAAAAACAAUGACGUCAUCAACGGAUAUAGUUUCGACAAGUUCCCGAGCUCUCCGUCUAUCAUCGAUCGAGGUCGUGCCACGCCACGUUAUUGGAUUGACGGUGGAGAUCAGUUUCCGGAUCAGACUGUUUACAAGAGGUUUAGUAGGCUACGUAGUGUUAGCUCGUAUCCAGAUCUGAGUAACCGAGAAUUUGAAACCGAUGAACGGUGGAGAUUUUACGAUGAUACACGUGUCAGUGAAUGCCGUUAUGAACCUUCAGAUCCGAUCUAUCAAGAUCAAGCAAACGUCGACGACGGAGGAGAGAAGCUUCAUAACGGCGAUUCUGUUACUGAGAAAGUUGAGACGGCGGCGGCUGAAGUAGUGGAAGAGAUAUCAGUACCUUCUAAUCCGGCGCCUCCACCUUCUGCUCCGCCGUCUCCUCCGCCGUCUAAGCCGGCGAAGAGAAGGACAAAGAGAGUUUGCCAAGACGUUGCUCCAAGGGAAGAGAAGGAGAGAGCUGAUUUUAUGGCGGCGGCGACGCCUCCGAUUACACCGACUCCGCCUCCUCCGACGACGACUGUGUAUCGGAAGAGCAGUAAACAGGAGAAGAAGAAAGGCGGAGCAACCAAAGACUUUCUGAUCGCUCUACGGAAAAAGAAGAAGAAGCAGAGGCAACAAAGCAUCGAUGGUCUCGACUUACUCUUCGGCGGCUCCGAUCCUCCUCCGCCGUCAAAUUCACCGCCGCAACCUCCACCUCCGCCGCCUCCACCACCUUUCUUCCAAGGCCUCUUCUCAUCCAAAAAAGGUAAAAGCAAGCGAACAUACUCAAAUCCACCGCCGCCUCCGCCGCCACCACCUCACCGGAACUUCCAAUCACGCGCGUCAACUUCCAAGAAUCGUAAAGCUCCGAUGGAAUCGAAUCCGCCGGCUGAAGUAACACGGUUCACCGGAAGCGAAUCGCCGUUGAUGCCGAUCCCUCCGCCGCCUCCUCCGCCGCCGUUUAAAAUGCCGGCGUGGAAGUUCGUGAAGCGUGGGGAUUACGUUAGGAUGGCUAGCAACAUUAGUAUAAGCUCAGACGAACCUGAUGAUGAUCAGGAUGCAGCUCAAGCAGGUAAGUCUGUUGGGAGUAUGUUCUGUCCGAGUCCUGAUGUGGAUACCAAGGCCGAUGAUUUCAUCGCGAGAUUCAGAGCUGGGCUCAAGUUGGAGAAGGCCAACUCUGUGAAAAGAGGGAGAUCCAAUUUAGGACCCGAACCCGGUCUAGGUGGAUCCGAAUCUUAAACGGGUUGUAGGCUUUAGGCCCAAGCGUAUAGAUGUUGAUUUCUUUUUUUUGUAUUUGUGUUUUCUUUCUUGAACGUCGGAUUCCUUUUUGGUGAGAGUACUUUGUGCUGUUUUUUUUUUUCCUUACAUUUAUUUAUUUUUAUUUUCGUAUACGUAGCUUUGUGGUUUAUACAAUUUUAGCCCAUCAUAUUGGCUAAAUCUUGAUGUACUUUGUGAAAAAAGAAUCUGUUAUUUGUUUCUUUAAACUUGUAAAUAUACCUUAAGC